GAUCUCACAGGUCAAAGAAAAAGUUUCCCGAACAGCAAUGUUUUCGUUCGUCGUUUUUUUCUGUAUUGUGACAGCGGUAUUGGCCCAGCAGCUCCCGAGUGGAGAUGAUGGUCGGGCAAGAUUCAAUCACACCGAAGAUCUGGGAAUGCCGAAACCGCACCGCACCAAGCGAGGUGCCGAAGUCGCGCACGAGAGUCCCGUGAGGAUGGGCGCGACAACGGGUAGAGUGGUCGCCGGGUUCUCGAGAAUCGCGUCUACCCUGCCUCAGUUUAUUGUUGACGGGCGUCACUAUUGGCCAUCUGACUUUUCUCUAACCAAACAGAUCGGACUCCAGGGAGUGAACGAGCUAGUCAAUGAUGUGUUCAAUUACGAGAAAACAAAGGCUCUGGCUGUCGCACGAGAAGCUUCGUGCGGCCAACGGGCGAACUGCUUGUGGAACAAAAGGCUUGGCACCUUCGGUAGAAUGUUCGGGAGGGUCAGUAGAGACCAAGAGCUCCUGAACAACUUAGAUUGCGAUACCAUCUUUGCGGGCUGCUUGCACUAUCAUUGAUUCUAUUUAUGAUUACGAUGAUGUAGCUUUUCCCUAGAAGGACGAUUGAAGGUACAGACAGAAGUGAAGUACAUAAAAUACUUCCCCUGGCGUUUAUUCCACGAUAGCGAGAGCGCGACGUCCCUCAGAGCGAUACAGGAGUCAUAUGAACAAUCAUUCAUGGUUAAGAACCUAGGAAAAUAUCUGUAAUCUGUAAACAAAUUUAUACUCAUGUUGGUAUCUGAAUUUUAUGGAAAAACAAGCAUCGUAUCCCGUACGCUUCAGAGUUUUCAUUCAAUACUCAAUUCGAAAUCCUCUCCCCGAGUGCCUCCUGGGAUACAAAAUAUUUACAGAGAGUCGAUAACGCCCCUCAUUCGUCUCUGAAAGAGAUAAGGAGGUCCGCUCCGAACUAAUAAUUGAGGUCCCCAAUACCACCCGAACAGAGCAAUGGGCGAAGAGUCCCUCCAGUUUGGAAAUAGUCUGAUUGAGAGGAGGGAGCCGAAGAACUCAUUUAGUCCCUCGCUCUAGAGAGAGGGAGGGACUCAAUGGAGCUGGAACUUUUGCGAUUCCUAUCGCUGAGGACCAGCUUCUCAUAGCUCAGCUCGCUUCAGUACUGCUCAGAAACCUCCUCGGGGUUGAUAUCACAUUUUCGGUGGAGCACGGAAUCCCCAGAUCGCGGACCGAGAUUCCUCGGGAGCAUCGAGCUCAGAUUUGUCUCGAUAGCUCACCGCCUCGAAACGAGCAUAACGGAAGGAGACCGUCUU